AUGGCAUCUUGGAAUGUAGUCUUGUCUAACACGCGAAUAAUCGAAAAUCGCCUUCAAUCAAAACUCCAGCUCUAUAGUUCUGCUAUUCGGAACUUUGAUAUUUCCUGCCCAAAUAUUGAGAAGCAGUCAGAAGAUAUUGAGAAUAUGUGUGAAAGCAUACAGACAAUGAUUCGGAAUUAUGUGACGAGUCUGGACGAACUAGUGAAGAUAGCAGACUAUCAAGCCGAUCCCAAAUAUAACUCUAUCAUUGAACGGCAAAAAGCGGUUCUCGUCGACUUUCGUAAAGACUUCAAUCGUAUUAAUGAUAUUUUAUCGCUGAAACGAGAACGGCAGCAACUACUUCACCCUCAACAUGUUCAUUCGUUUUCCAUCGAUUGUUUUUUAUUCCUAAUUUCUAGCAUGUCUUCAGAGGACUCCGAUGUAAAAGCUCUUUUGAAGGAGCGAGGCGCUGUUCACGCAUCGCUCCAAAUGGCAGAUUCGUAUCUGGAUCGCGCUGCCGAAUCGCACAGUCUUUUAGUGAAUCAGAGAAAGCGUUUGGAGUCCAGCCGUUCCAAAGUUCUCUCUGUCUUUACGCGACUUCCCAUGGUGAAUGAGCUGAUGCGGAAGAUCGGCGAUAAGAAAACGCGCGAUAACUUGAUUGUGGCUGUUGUGAUGGCUUGCUGUAUCUUUUUCUGUAUUUGGUAUAUCUUGCAUUCGCUUCUUUUUUACACAAACAUGAGGCAAAUAGCGUAUUACACAUCACAAGAACAGAUAAACGACGUAGCCUUCCACAGGCUGGACCAGCUUCCCGAUUCCCUCCGCAAUCACUUCGUACGGUUGGUCCACUUCGGACCGAUCGUAGAUCAAACAGGGCAAAUGGAUCUCCACUCCCCUCAAUCGCUGAAGGUCCUCUCCUCUCACCGAGACCAGAGGGGAAAUCUCCACAACUCGCGACUCGCCCUCGAUCAGAGCUUGGUUGUGUUGGAGAUAUGUCAGAUGAGUCGCUUCCAUGCUUCGCACCGCUGUCUCGGGACACGCAACAUGGCUUCCUAG